GUGUAGCAUUAGUAUCUUUAUAGAUUCCAGUCUCUAUAAAAGGUACUUUCCAGAGGUAAGUCUGUCCGGCGUUCCCUCGCGUAAAAACGACUUUGGCGUCGGGUCUCUCUCGUUAGUCUGGAGUUUUCACUCCAAAGAUGAGAACUUGCAGCCUCCACGGGACUUCAAUCUUGGAGCUUAGUAGCACUUCCCCAAAUUUCAACUCCUCCUUUUAUGGUUCUCCCAAGCACCCAUAUGCCAGAGUCACGCCUUCACUAAGUCUCAAAUCUUGUCAUUUCACUGUUCGUUGCGAUGUUAGUUUCCGACCUUGCAUUGAUAUUCACAAGGGGAAAGUGAAACAAAUUGUUGGGUCAACUCUUAGAGAUUCAAAGGAGGAUGAAUUGACCCUUGUAACCAAUUUUGAAUCGGAUAAAUCAGCAGCUGAGUUUGCAAAGUUGUACAAAAAAGAUCGGCUAAAGGGUGGUCAUGUAAUCAUGCUUGGAGCUGAUCUUUUAAGCAAAGCAGCAGCCAUUGAAGCAUUGCAUGCCUAUCCUGGUGGCUUGCAAGUUGGAGGUGGGAUCAAUUUAGACAAUUGUUUGAGUUACAUUGAGGAAGGAGCCAGCCAUGUCAUUGUCACUUCAUAUGUAUUUAACAAUGGCCAAAUGGACCUUGAAAGGCUCAAAGGUCUUGUCUGUGUUGUUGGGAAGCAGAGACUUGUCUUGGACCUUAGCUGCCGAAAGAAGGAAGACAAAUAUGCCAUUGUCACUGACAGAUGGCAAAAGUUCAGUGAUGUCUAUCUUGAUGAGGAAGUAUUACAUUUUCUUGCCAAUUAUGCAGAUGAAUAUCUGGUUCAUGGUGUGGAUGUUGAAGGGAAAAAUUCCAUGUGGAUUAUACCUGGUGAACUGAAUUGGUGCCCUACUGCAAUGGCGAUUCUAGCUCAAACAUGUGGUGCCUUCAUUCUUUGGCUGGGAAUCGAUAAAGAGCUUGUGGCAUUGCUUGGCGAGCACUCUCCGAUUCCUGUCACUUAUGCUGGUGGUGUCAUCGUGAUGGAUGAUUUAGAGACAAUCAAAGAAGCGGGGAAGGGACGUGUGGAUGUUACUGUGGGAAGUGCGUUGGAUAUUUUUGGGGGCAACUUGUCAUACAAUGAUGUUGUUGCUUGGCAUAACCAUAACAGGAGGGGGCCUAAACAAGACUUCUAGUGCCCGGCCUGAGCCCUUCUUCACGGAAUUGCCCUGGGAGUUAGCAGGUGCUCCCUCAAGGUGGGUUAAGACUUAGCCUAAACCUCAGUUUCUUCCAAAGCAAGCCAAGUUAGUUGGUCUAGUAGUCCUCUAUGGAGCAAGCAAGUCAAGGGCCGAUUUAAUGGAUAUUUACUGAGCUAUUGCCAUCCUUUAAGAGUCAAACCCUUGAUCUGUUGAGUUCGAAGGUCUCCACCACUAGACCAUCACCUUUCUUGGCGUGGAGGAUCAUCUACCUGUGUUGUGUUACAGUAGUUUAUUAGGGAAGCAAACGGAUAUUACCCACCAAAUUUUUACAUGAGACUUCACCUGUUUUAGUGCAAUGCACUCUACAAACAAUAAGGGGUUUUAUUUAUUUCCAGUCUGAGUGCUUACGUUGAGAAUAUGUGAAGAAAACUUUAUCCCAUUAAGUUUGAAGUGAAUAAAUUGGAAAGCUAAUGUUCUUUUCUAUA